AUGUCCAGUGGCCGGGCAACAAGUCAAGAGGAUCUGCUCACUGGCUUCGCGGCUGUCGCACCAUUGUUCGCUGCGCCUGCAGAGCUCAAGGCACAGUCUGAGUUUGAUCUGGAUGCCAUCAUGCCUACGAUACUGGCGCCACUUUACGAGACUAUUAAUGCGGCGAUGGGAGACUGUCUGUCUCGGUACGAUCUGCGGGAUCGUUUGCACGAGAUCAAGGUGCCGACUUUGGUCUAUGUUGGUAGAUAUGACUGGAUUAAUCCCGUGUCGAGUAGUGAGGAGAUAGUGGCGAACAUCCCAGGUGCGAAGUUGAUCGUCUAUGAGAAGAGUGGACACUUCGCUGCGCUGGAGGAGAAGACGAAGUUUCGGCGAGACUUCAGAGACUUUGUGAAGGGGUUGGGGGUUGAGGGGAUACAGGUGUGA